AUGCCGACGAUCGGCGUGGCCCGCUCGGGCAGCGCGGCCGGCAGGGGGCGGGGGCGGCGGCGGCUCCCGCGCAGGGUCGGCGGCCCCAAGGAUGGGGCCCAGAUCGAAGGACAAGGAAACGACAGAAGCAUCAACUUUCGGAGUCCCGCGCGGAGUUGCUGGAUCGGUGCUGAGCCCCCUGGCGGCGCCUCCGGAGCCGCCCCCGGCGCGCAGGGGAGACCAGCGCCGAUCCGAGAGAUCCGCGUGGACCUUCGCAAGGUGAUGUGUGUAUGCCUUCUGCUGUUGCUUGUCCCGCUGGCCGAGGAACGCGGCCCGAAGGACGAGGGACCUUAA